AUGCAACCAGCGAAGUCGUCGACGUCUUUCAGGUCAAAUCUCACGGGGCAAGAGCGAAACGAGCGAUUUUUGGAGGAUGAAACACAGCGGCAACAGCAAAUUAUGCAGGAGCAGAAUGACAGUUUGGCAGGACUUCACUCGGAUAUCACACGCUUGCAUGGAGUCACCGUGGAGAUCUCGAGCGAAGUCAAACACCAGAAUAAAAUGUUGGACGAUCUGACUGACGAUGUGGACGAAGCACAAGAGCGAAUGAAUUUUGUCAUGGGACGUUUGAGCAAACUCCUGAAGACAAAAGACAAAUGUCAACUUGGACUCAUCCUCUUCCUAGUGGCCGUGCUCGUUGUCAUGAUCUUCCUGGUCGUGUACACAUAA